AUGGCCGCAGCGCGAUCAACAGCAGCCAUCGCUCUAUCUGCAAGAGCGCUGUCUGGAGCUCUGCGCGGGCUGGCUACCGCCGCCGCCGCAGACGGUGGUCUGGCGACACAAGACACCAGAGAGUCAAUGCACUACGACCUUCUGAUAGUGGGAGCUGGCCCCGCAGGGCUAGCCGCGGCAAUUAGGUUCAAGCAGCUGUGUCAGGAAAAGGGCCAGGACCUGAGCGUUUGCGUGAUAGAGAAGGGUGCUGAAGUAGGCAAGUGCUGCGCACACAUCCUGUCUGGCAACGUGCUGCAGCCCACUGCCCUGGAUGAGCUGUUACCGGGCUGGCGGGAGGAUGAGGAGUGCCCGGUCAAGCAGCCCGCCACCGCCAGCCGAUUCUACUACCUGACCCAGCAGCGGGCGCUGCGGUUGCCCAACCCGCCGCAGAUGAGCCACAAGGGCAACUUUGUGAUCAGCCUCAGCGAGGCCGUGCGGUGGCUGGGUAGCAAGGCAGAGGAGUUGGGAGUGGAGGUGUUCCCGGGCUUUGGUGGUGCCAGGGUACUGUACGGGCCCUCGGGCGAUGUGCAUGGAGUGCAGACCAACGACUUUGGCGUGGCCAAGGACGGCAGCCGCAAGGACAGCUUCUCUCCGGGCAUGGCACUGACGGCGCGCGCCACGCUGUUUGCGGAGGGCUGCCGUGGCUCGCUGUCACAGCACAUCAUGAAGCGCUUCCAGCUACGGGAGCAGGUCGGAGCGCAACCGCAAACAUAUGCGCUGGGGCUCAAGGAGGUGUGGGAGGUGGCACCUGAGAAGCAUGUGCCUGGCCUGGUGAUGCACACCAUUGGGCAUCCGCUGCCCUGGGAUGUGUACGGCGGCAGCUGGCUGUAUCACAUGCCUGGCAACCGCGUAUCAAUGGGGCUGGUAGUGGCCCUGGACUACGCGAACCCCUACCUCAACCCCUACCAGGAGUUUCAGCAGUGGAAGCGGCACCCGCUCAUCAGCAGGCUGCUGGAGGGCGGCACAUGCCUGCAGUAUGGCGCCCGCACGCUGAACGAGGGCGGCUGGCAGUCCAUCCCUGCGCUGACCUUCCCAGGCGGGGCGCUUGUUGGUGACUCUGCCGGUUUCCUGAACGUGCCAAAAAUCAAGGGCACCCACACUGCCAUGAAGUCGGGCAUGCUGGCAGCCGAGGCCGCCUUCAAUGCCAUGGACUCGCAGCCGGCGGGCGCACCGCUGGAUCUGUCCGCCUAUGAGACCAACUUGCGUCACUCCUGGAUUGAGACAGAGCUGCACCGCGAGCGUAAUAUCCGCCCCAGCUUUGGCCUGGGGGGGGGGCUUUGGGGCGGCCUCGCCUACAGCGCCCUGGAGGCCUACCUGCUGCGCGGCAAGGAGCCCUGGACCCUGAGGCAUAGGUUCAGUGAUAAUGAAAAGCUGAAGCCCGCUUCAGGCUUCACGCCAAUAGAGUAUCCUAAGCUCGACAACAAGAUCUGCUUUGAUCUGAACACCUCGCUGUUUAGGAGCCAGACCAACCACGAGCACGACCAGCCCUCGCACCUGCAGCUGCUCAACUCCAAGCUCCCAGAGGUGCUCAACCUGCCGGUGUACGACGGGCCUGAGGGGCGCUACUGCCCCGCAGGGGUAUAUGAGUGGGUGGCCGGCGACGACGGGCAGCGGCACCUGCAGAUCAACGCGCAGAACUGCCUGCACUGCAAGGCCUGCGACAUCAAGGACCCAUCGCAGAACAUCCGCUGGACGGUGCCCGAGGGUGGGGGCGGCCCGAAUUACACCAUCAUGUGA